AUGAGUGAAAAACAACCUUAUCCCUCUUCAAUAGCGUCAACGGCAUCGGAUGCUUUAGAUCAACUCUCACAUGAUGAUCAUUAUGAUAUACAACAUGACCGAUCGACUGAUGAGGCUUCAUUUCGUUGGUCUAUGCACGAUGAUGUUCACUCGGAUGUCACUAAUCUGAGAGAUAUUUCUCAAAGUUCUAGUGAAGGUCGAAAAAAACAUUUAUCCCGUUGGGAUGAUUGUUUAGAUAAAAAACUCCAGUCUCAAUCAUUAAAAACUCAACCCAGUCAAGAAAUAACCAUUCAACCAACAGUUGACAAACUUGUUGUACGAGAAUUUUUACCACGCUCGGCUCAUGAUCCAAUUUUACCUAUAUUACGUAAACUUUUUGUGCAUUCAUUCGACCAAUUUUACAAGGAAAUUGCAGCUCAGCUUAAAUUAAAAUCAGACAAGACACUUAUUGAAUGGUUACAAGAAACAUUUAAUGAAAUGCAAGAAGAAAUGCUUACUAAAAAAUGUCGAUGUUUCAUGUUAUGUUCAUCCGAUACUGUCAAAUAUUACAAGACACAAGGUAUUAUUGGUUUUUUAACUUUAAAGGAAGAAGAAAAUGAAUCUGUCUAUAUUGCUCAAUGCGCAAUCGAAGCUGAAAAUAAACGUCGUGGUUGUGGAGCUCGUCUUCUGUUACAUUUGCGUACGAUUUAUCCACCAGGUACUUCUUACUGGGGUUUGUGUCGACGAGCAAAUAUACCAGCUGUUAAGUUCUACUUGAAACAAGGAGCAAAAUUUAUGGACGAUGAAGAAGUAGCUACCAAAUAUGGUUAUGAUCCAACAUUAUAUACUGGUUUUCAAUUCACUGAUACUUUAGGAUACGUUCCAUCAAGUGAUUCUCAUUCAUCGACUUCACCAUCUAUCUCUCCAACAACAAUACCAACAUUGGAACCAUUACUAAAACGACGAUCAAACGUCACAUCUCAAGACGAUUCUACUAUGACUGAUCCAUUGCUCGCUGUUCAAAAUUCUUCAAAAAACAAAAAAAACAAAUGUUGUGUAAUAUCCUGA